AUGUCGUGGAUUUUCGGUUACCGUAACGCACAAUCGCAAGACUUCUCCCAGUUCGUACCACCGUCGGCAUCCGACGGGGCUGGUGGCGGAGACGAUCGUGCACCACCGCCGAGGAUAUCUCACAUGGAACCUUACCGAUUCGACUCCAGCGCUUUGGAGAGAGCAGCGACCGCCGCCAAAGAACUCGAAAAAUCCAAGCAUGCCAAAGAAGCAUUGGAGUUGUCCAAAAUGCAGGAAACUACCAAACAAAUGGAGAGACAAGCGGAAGUGAAACGAUACGAGGCUGGCAUAGAGCAAAUGAAAGCGGAGCAAAAGCGUAUCGACGGGGAGGAGAGGAGGAAAGUGCUGCAAGAGGAAACCAAACAGCAUCAAAUGAGAGCUCAGUAUCAAGAUCAGUUGGCCAGGAAACGAUACGACGAUCAACUGAUACAGCAACAGAGAAUGAACGAUGAAAAUUUGAGGAGGCAGGAGGAGUCAGUAGCGAAGCAAGAGGCAAUGAGGAAAGCCACGAUAGAGCACGAAAUGGACUUGAGAUACAAAAACGAAAUGAAGAAGCUAGAGGCGGAGAUCAAAGCGAAAGCAAAGAUAGACAGGGAAAAUCAAGAUCUGAAUAUCGAGAAAAUUAGGGUGAAAGCGUCUGAGAAACGAGUGACAGUGUUGGAGUCGAUAAAAACUGCUGGUUCGGUAUUAGGCACUGGCGUCACAGCUUUCCUUCAAGACUGGGAUAAAAUUAUCGCUGCGGCUGGAGGCUUGUCUCUGUUGGCUUUCGGAGUGUACAGCGCCAAAGGAACGACGGGCAUAGCCGCACGAUACGUUGAAUCACGGCUAGGGAAACCGUCUCUCGUUCGAGAAACUUCCAGAUUCACAGUGUUGGACACGUUGCGGCAUCCUGUUCAAGCGUUGAAGAAAUUGAGAACCAAGCAGACCGAUGCUCUGUCCGGUGUUGUCUUAGCGCCGAAGCUCGAAGAAAGAUUGCGCGACAUCGCGAUAGCUACGAAAAACACGAAACAAAAUCGCGGAAUGUACAGAAAUAUAUUGAUGCACGGCCCACCCGGGACGGGUAAAACAAUGUUCGCAAAGAAGUUGUCGCAACACUCCGGAAUGGAUUACGCGAUCGUGACUGGCGGCGAUUUGGCUCCACUGGGUCGAGAUGGUGUCACUGCCAUUCACAAAGUCUUCGACUGGGCAGUAACAUCUAGGAAAGGCCUUUUGCUUUUUAUCGACGAGGCGGAUGCCUUUCUGAGAAAACGAUCGAGCGAGCAUAUCUCCGAAGAUUUGAGGGCGAUGCUGAAUGCGUUCCUCUACAGGACUGGCGAGCAGAGCAACAAGUUCAUGUUGAUUCUCGCCUCAAAUACUCCUGAACAGUUUGAUUGGGCUGUCAAUGAUAGAUUGGACGAGAUGGUGGAGUUUCAUCUGCCGGGUAGAGAAGAACGCGAGCGCCUGGUUCGACUUUACUUUGACAAAUUUGUUCUUCAGCCAGCGAUUGAGGGUAAUAAAAGAUUAAAAGUCGCACAGUUCGAUUAUAACGCACUUUGCAGUAAAAUAGCUGAAAUAACUGAGGGUAUGUCCGGAAGAGAACUAGCGAAAUUGGGUGUCACCUGGCAAGCAGCAGCGUAUGCUUCCGAAGAUGGGGUACUGACCGAACAAAUGGUUGUAGACAAGUGCAAAGAGGCUGUCAAACAGCACAAGCAGAAGGUUCAAUGGCAAAGCGAGCAAGAAAGACAAGAGGCGAAGUCGAUUUACGCCACUGAAAAAGAGAUUGAGAUUCAGCCUGUGAAAUCCAAGACAACAAUUGAAUCACCAUCGGACGCAGCUUCCGUGGCAACAGCUUAA